AGGAGUGUGGGGUGGGGGGGAGACCACAGCGAGACAAUUGUCUGCAAUGCCCUGGGACUACAACACCUUUGGGCCGAGAAGAUGGGACAUUUCACAGAGAAAACUUUGCUCGUGUGAGGAGGUGAGAAGCAUCAGAAACCAAUGACCACUCUGGAGGACGCUGGCUCUCAGGAGGUGUUCUACGUUGGACAGUGACAACAGCAAAGGAUCAUGGGAUGCGGCAUGCAAAAACAUCACCCAAAGCAAUGUGACAGAGGUGACGUUUUUUUUUUUAGCAGGACAUCCUUUUUACUAAGUGUCUGUUUACUCAUCACAUGAACUUUAAUACUGUUUCCAUCUUUUCGAAGUGAGCAUUUCAGUUCCAGGUAAAUACAAUUUAAUUCCAUCACCUCCUAGCAUUUUAUGUUGAAGAUUAUUUGCAUUUAACAAACAAAUUUACACAACUUAAUGCGCUCUACCAAGCUGCGACCUGUGAGUCUUUUGCUUUCAUUUAUGUAUGUCAUCAUUAUACACUAGAACGACAUGUUUUUUAAUACCUCUUCUCUUUCAGCUAUCCGUGCGGCUCUGUUGAUCCAACGCUGGUAUCGUCAGUAUGUCGCUCGGCUGGAGAUGAGACGCAGGUGCACAUGGAACAUCUUCCAGUCCAUUGAAUAUGCUGGAGAACAAGACCAGAUCAAGCUGUACAACUUUUUUGGCUUCUUAAUGGACCACCUCACCCCCGCCAGCAGUGAGCGAAACUUAAUAUCGCACAUAUUCCAUGGGAAUGAAAUCGGCCGUGACAUAGAAUGGGAGUGCUACUUUUGCUACAAGAAUAUCGAGGUGCCGGACAGCUACGCUGGACCUCGGCCAACCUUCCCAAUGACCUUCUGCGGCGUCUCCAAGCUGGUGGAGGCCUUCAAGCACAAACAACAGCUCCAUGCUCGCUAUGUUCUACAGCUUCUUGGGGAGACUUGGAAACUGUUGCAAACUCUACCAAAUAUCAACAAUGUCUCCGUCUGCCAUACUAAGGAGAUAACCAUAUGCGGCGAUUUACAUGGACAUCUCGAAGAUCUGCUACUGAUAUUCUACAAGAAUGGUUUGCCUUCAUCAGAGAGACCGUACGUGUUCAACGGCGACUUUGUGGACCGGGGGAAAAACUCGUUAGAGAUCCUACUAAUUCUGUUUGGGUUCCAGCUAGUCUAUCCUAACAAUGUCCAUUUGAACAGGGGAAACCACGAGGACCACAUUGUUAAUCUAAGAUACGGGUUCACCAAAGAAGUUCUGGGGAAAUACAGGUUGCAUGGAAAAAAGAUCUUAAAGCUCGUGCAGAAGAUCUUCAGCUGGCUGCCUUUAGCGACUAUAGUGGAUCACAAGGUGCUCAUAGUGCAUGGAGGGAUCUCUGACAGCACAGACCUCAACGUAAUAGCCAAACUGGAUAGACAUAAAUAUGUCUCCACCCUGAGGCCUCCACAGCGAGGGUUUCAUACGACAGAGGACAACCGGGACGAGGAACCAUCAGAAAGUCGACGUCGUGUAUUUUCCCUGACUCAGGAGAGAUUGAGUCCAGCUCAUAGGCACAAAAUUUCACGCCGCUCACUUCAAAAUCCUCCUCGGAGCGACCGACUGCACUGCUCAGUGGAAAAGGAGCUGAAGAAAAGACGGAGACAGGCCGGUUUUGACCAGUCUUAUGGAGACAUAAAUACAUCUGACUCCCAGGAAACAGGGAGCGAUGACCAUGAGUGGAAACAAGUGGUGGACAUGCUGUGGAGCGACCCGAUUCCUCAGAAUGGAUGCAUCCCGAAUGAGGUGCGAGGCGGAGGCUGCUGCUGGGGCCCGAAUGUUACUGAAGAUGUUCUGGGACGACACAACCUGCAGCUUCUCAUCCGCUCGCACGAGUGCAAACAGGAUGGCUACGAAUUCUGCCAUGACGGGAAGGUGCUUACUUUAUUCUCAGCUUCCAACUACUAUGAAGUAGGCAGCAACAGAGGAGCCUACAUCCGGAUGGGCCCCGACCUGAACCCUCACCUUGUUCAGUAUCAAGCCAGCAAGACUUGCAGGGAGCUAACCCUGCGACAAAGUGUCGGAUGGACGGAGAGGUCGGCCCUACAAGCUCUGAGGGAACGACUGUUCGUCCAUAAGUCAGAUCUCACCAGGGUCUUCCAGGAGUUUGACCCAAACAAAACAGGGUUGAUCUCAGCACGGGACUGGGCCAGUGCCACAGAGAGUGUGCUGAAGCUGGGUGUACCAUGGAGGGUCCUGCGUCCUCAGCUUGUGAGCGUCACUGAGCAGGGCAUGGUGGACUACCAGCAGUGGAUAAGGGAGCUUUCACUCACAGAGCCUCAUCUGCAGAUCUCAAACACCAGCAUCCUAGAAAUCAUGUACAAGAACCAUUCAAACCUUGAAACCAUCUUCCGGAUCAUAGAUACCGACCACUCAGGUCUAAUCUCGCUUGAGGAAUUUCGUCAAACCUGGAAACUGUUAAGCUCACACCUCAAGAAGGAAAUCAGUGAAAAGGCCUUGGCGGACUUGGCUCACAGCAUUGACUUCAACAAGGACGGGGUCAUCGACAUCAACGAGUUCAUGGAGGCGUUUCGCCUGGUGGAGGUCUCUGCACACGAGUAGGAAAAUAUGGAAAGUUUGUAUUUGGACGUUUUAAAAUGAGAACAUGGGCUUCACGGUGGCAGAGGGGUUAGUGCGUCUGCCUCACAAUACGAAGUUCCUGCAGUCCUGGGUUCAAAUCCAGGCUCGGGAUCUUUCUGUGUGGAGUUUGCAUGUUCUCCCCGUGAAUGCGUGGGUUCCCUCCGGGUACUCCGCCACCUCCAAAGACAUGCACCUGGGGAUAGGUUGAUUGGCAACACUAAAAUUGGCCCUAGUGUGUGAAUGUGAGUGUGAAUGUUGUCUGUCUAUCUGUGUUGGCCCUGCAAUGAGGUGGCGACUUGUCCAGUGUGUACCCUGCCUUCUGCCCGAUUGUAGCUGAGGUAGGCGCCAGCGCCCCCCGCGACCCCGAAAGGGAAUAAGCGGUAGAAAAUGGACAACUUUUCAAUCUUGUGGAUUCUGAAUGUUUUAAAUAAAGUUUGUUGAACAUGGUAUCUAAUAAAGAUCAUGUAUUUUUUAAGGAUUACCUUUUAGUUAAGUAAGUGGGCUUCACGGUGGCAGAGGGGUUAGUGCGUCUGCCUCACAAUACGAAGUUCCUGCAGUCCUGGGUUCAAAUCCAGGCUCGGGAUCUUUCUGUGUGGAGUUUGCAUGUUCUCCCCGUGAAUGCGUGGGUUCCCUCCGGGUAUUCCGGCUUCCUCCCACUUCCAAAGACAUGCACCUGGGGAUAGGUUGAUUGGCAACACUAAAUUGGCCCUAGUGUGUGAAUGUGAGUGUGAAUGUUGUCUGUCUAUCUGUGUUGGCCCUGCGAUGAGGUGGGGACUUGUCCAGGGUGUACCCUGCCUUCCGCCCGAUUGUAGCUGAGAUAGGCGCCAGCGCCCCCCGCGACCCCGAAAGGGAAUAAGCGGUAGAAAAUGGAUGGAUGGAUGGAUGGAUGGAUUUUAGUUAAGUAUGGUGACAUCCACCAUGAUGCAAUUUCUCUUGUAUACAAAAAAAAUGGACAUCAAUAAGUGAGUUCAAGAAUGGAUUUCAAUACAUCCCAAAUUAGGCAAAAAUGGCAUUCAACAUUAAUGCACUUGCAUGAUCUACUAAGUCGCGUCUACUAAGAGCCAUAUUGGACUAAAAAUACAAAAACAAAUCUGUCCGGAUCCGCAAAAAAUUAAAACCCAUAUUACAUAUAGUGUGUCAUGAGAUAUAAAUUGAAUUAUGAGGACUUAAAGGAAACUAAAUGAGCUCAAAUAUAGCUACAAAUGAGGCAUAAUGAUGCAAUAUGUACAUACAGCUAGCCUAAAUAGCAUGUUAGCAUCGAUUAGCUUGCAGUCAUGCAGUGACCAAAUAUGUCUGAUUAGCACUCCACAUAAGUCAAUAACAUCAACAAAACUCACCUUUGUGCAUUCAUGCACAACGUUAUAAGUUUGGUGGACAAAAUGAGACGGAAAAAGAAGUGGCAUGAAACACGUCUGAGAAAGUUAUACAUGGAAA